UUUCUUUGGAAGUCCUUGAAACGUCCUUGAAGGAUGAGCCGUUCGCCCGAGGAGUCGGAUUCGCGGGGCAUGCUGGGAAGCGGAAGUCGUUCCCGGCGCAUGCGCACGAUGAGAGGCAGCGGCGCCCAAACCGUUCGUGAUCCGCGGAACAACAUGGCCUCGUAUGUUGGCUUUGCCAACCUCCCCAACCAGGUCUACAGGAAGGCUGUGAAGAGGGGUUUUGAGUUUACCCUUAUGGUUGUAGGUGAAUCUGGCCUGGGCAAGUCCACCCUAGUGAAUUCCCUGUUCAUAACUGACCUGUAUUCCCCGUCUGAGUAUCCAGGCCCCUCACAACGGAUCACCAAAACUGUCAAGGUUGAAACAUCACGGGUGCUGGUUAAGGAAGGAGGGGUUCAGCUACAGUUGACCAUUGUGGACACACCAGGGUUUGGGGAUGCCGUGGACAACAGUAACUGUUGGAAGCCCAUCACAGACCACAUUGAGCAGAGGUUUGAGGACUACCUGAACUCAGAGUCCCGCGUGAACCGCCGGACCAUGCCAGACAACAGGGUCCACGCCUGCCUGUACUUCAUCGGCCCAACUGGACACGGGUUGAAGCCCCUCGAUAUAGAAUUCAUGAAAAGAUUACAUGACAAGGUCAACAUCAUUCCUCUCAUCGCCAAAGCCGACACAAUGACUCCAGAGGAAUGCACACAGUUCAAGAAAAAGAUUUUACAGGAAAUCAAAGAAAACAAGAUUCAGAUCUACGAGUUCCCAGAGGGAGAGGAUGAAGAGGACAACAAACUCAACAAGAAACUCAGGGAGAGGAUUCCCUUUGCUGUGGUUGGCAGCAACACGCUUCUGGAGAUCAACGGGAGGAAAGUGCGUGGUCGGCAGUACCCCUGGGGCGUCGCAGAAGUGGAGAACAUGGACCACUGUGACUUCAUCACACUAAGGAACAUGUUGAUCAGGACCCAUAUGCAGGACUUGAAAGACGUAACAAAUAACGUUCACUACGAGAACUACCGCUGUCAGAAGCUGGCCGGCAUCACAGCGACCAAUGGUACCGAGAAAGGCAAACCGGCCGGUGGCAACCCCUCCCAUAACCCUGCCUCCAGAAACCCCCUGGCACAGAUGGAGGAGGAGAAGAGAGAACAUGUGGCCAAGAUGAAGAAGAUGGAGAUGGAGAUGGAACAGGUCUUUGAGAUGAAGGUCAAGGAGAAGCGCCAGAAGCUCAAGGACUCAGAAGCAGACCUUCAGCGUCGGCAUGAGCAGAUGAAGAAGAAGCUGGAGCAGGAGUACAAGGAGCUGGACGAGAAACGCAGUCUGUUCGAGAAGGAAAAGCUGUCCUUCGAGGAGAGCCAACGGCAACUGGAAGAGCAACGAAAAAUGGAUGCCACAAAAUCCCUCGACAACAAGAAGAAGAAGGAGAAGAAGUCGCUCUUCUAAGUGUUACAAGAAUUCCAGCGCCAUCACACAGCUUGUAGCCAGGCAGAAGGCUUCCCAUGCCAGCGUACAUUACAUAGAGUACUGGGGACGCUCUCAAAGCCUUCCCCCACAGGGCUCGAAAUACUUAUUCUGUUUACCUGCACGGGUACAGGUAACAUGCAACAUUACCUGCACCAGACAAAUUCUACCUGCAUCUACUCAAAAAUAAUGUUUGGGAAAAUUCGUUGCUCCUAGUAGGACCAUUUUGAAUCUGUUAUCUGUAUAUCUGUAACUGCCCUUUGGCAUGAUACCCCAUGACCCAGCUUAUUUGCUGUAUUCAAGUAUAUUUUCUAUUAUGAGGAUUACAGUACCAGGUAUUUUUGAGUCGCAGUCACCUAUAUGUAAGUCUAGUGUAGUAGACUGCUUUCUUUCUGAAACAGUUCAGGUAGGCAUCAUUCCUGUACAGAACAGAAUAUGCAGGUAGUACUAGUAUUUCGAGUCCUGUCUCGUUUUAAGUAGAGCUACACCUAGGGUUACGGGGGAAGCAUUUCCACAUGGCUAAGGGUUCUGCCAACAGUAUUGAUAGUCUAUUUUUUAACAAAGUUGUUUUGGAGAAUGGGGAAGAUGGGGUUAGGAAGGAGAUAGACAAGUUGUGAAAUAUGCAGAAGUGAAUAUUUUCAUCUUGCAGAGAAAUGGUCAAUAAGGUACAAAAAUGUAGUUACAAUUUCCUUUCAGGGUCUUGCUUUUUUUUUAAUAUAGUCAAUAUAGAAGAAGCCAUUUAAAAUUGCUUAUUAUCUUGGCAUUAUUGUUGUGGGAUAGGUUUUGCACUAAACAGUGGAAGUUUUACUUGAAUUGGUAUGUCUGGAAUCACAUGCAUGUCUUGCAAAAUUAUGUCUCAGAUUGAAGUAAGUUAAUUUUUUUUUCAACAAAGUUCAUGUACGUGUAAAAGAUUAGCCUACAUAUUACGUCAGUUUGCACUCAGUAAAAAGGAUUGAAAAUACUUUUUUUUCCUGAUCUGUAUACAAAAUACAAAAUACAAAAUGCACUCUGUAUUUUAUUGAUGUACACUUAUUACAGGAAUCUUGAUUUUUAUCCCUUGAAGUACAUUGUAUAACACACAAUAUUUAAAAGUGUUACCUAACUGCAAAGUGUGUAUUAGUGGAAUUCUAUAUCAGCUGAAAUUAUCUUCCCAGCAGUUGUUUUGAGUGUUGACUUAUUGACUCAUAAAGAUGGUAAAAAAAAAACUAGUUUCACUUUCUCUGUAAGUCCCUGUAUUCACCAAUGUUA